AUGUUCUACGUGCUGUGCAGCGACGAGGAAUUGUGGAUGAACCACUGUCUGGCAAAGCGUCGCGGUGAUUUCGUCUACAAAGGGAGCUGGAAAUGGACAACCCUCGCAGGACGCGACACGCCGAUGGACAAGUUGCCGCCUCCAAUCUACAUUCAGGGCAUUGAAUCGCUCUUCCUCUAUGCGCAAUGGUGUCGGCGAAACAUGACACUGAGCGACUACGUCCCGGCCAUCCAAAGCGUGCCGCGGUAUCGCCUAAUCGAUCCUGAGGACGGAUAUCCAGACGUCGCCUCGAGCACAGCAGUCCCGGCCCUCACCCCCGAGCAGUGGCGUCGCGGCUUUGACGAGCCGGUGCUUCCACUCAUUCUCACCAAUGUCUGCGAGGGCUGGCCCGCUUUCACAGAGUGGUCGCUUGAGCGACUGGCCGAGCGCUACCCAAACGUCCAGUUCCGCGUCUCCACCAACGCGCCGUUCAGCGUUCGAAUGACGCUCAAGGAUUACUGCGCCUACUUGGCAAGUCAGCGCGACGAAGUUCCCCUCUACGUGUUUGACUCGCACGUCGGCGGAAACUGUCCAGAAAUGCUUCACGAGUACAAGGUGAACGCGUGCCGAAGAUGUUCCUUGAUCACGACUAUCUGGCAUUUUUCGGGAACGAACGACCUGAUUUUCGCUGGCGUUGAGGCCAUAUUUGACGACCACGGCAACAUUGUCGAUUUCAACGCGCCGCCAUCGUUGCUGUGGUACCUGGAGGUCUAUCCGUUCCUCGACCCAGAAGAAAAGCCAAUUGAGUGCGUUCAACAUCCUGGCGAAACGAUCUCCGUCCCUGCAGGCUGGUGGCACAUGGUCCUCAAUCUGGACUAUACUUGCGCCGUGACACAGAACUACUUGAACGUCAACAACCUGGAAGACGCCCUCGGAGACCUCAGACCGCAUCGCAGAUACAAGGAAUUCCUGCAAUCGCUCCUCGUCAAGCAGCCCGAGCUCGCAGACACCAAAUUGUUUUGCGAGAGGGCUUUGCUCCAAGAGGGAGUUGCGAGCAAGGCAGAGUUCAUGCAUCGUCUGACGAAUUUGAAGGAGUCACCUUGGCGCAAUCGCGUUGGCAGGGUGCUGGUUCGACACGGGCUGCUGCUUCCGGAAGGCGAGCCUCACCUGUCAACGCCAACGUCACCAACACGUCCAUCUCUCGAUUCGCCCAACACAAAUCUGGCGCUUCCUGCCGACUUUGCCAUCAAGAAUGUGCAGCAUGGCGAGAAUCCUGUCUUUCAGUGCGACCAAAACUGCUACGUCAAGUUUUAUUCGUUCAGGUCGCGCGAGUCGGACCCCUACACCCACGAGGUCGCGGCAUUGGAGCGGAUUGCCCUCGAUCCCAAGUUGUCGAAAAUCUUCCCUCGUUUGCUGGGCCAUGGCAUGCUGCACUCUGAGCAAGAAGUGGCUCAAACAGCACCCACCGACCCCACCCAUGCCUUUGAUGCGUGGAUUCCAGCGGUGCAUGUCUCCAACGAGCAGAGCAAGCGUCGGACUCAGUUCAAUAAUGCGCCCGACUCUGUUCCAAUCCGUGCCGUGAAUGGGCAUCAUUUCAAGCACAACGAUGCCGUUGUUUCUGUGCCAGAUUCGAGUGAUGGCGCGACUGCACCGAGCGAGACGACUCCAGCUGCCAUGGCCACGCCGAACAAUGGCGACCAACACGUGACUGCGCCGAUUGUUUGGCGGUGGCCGUACACCAUUCUCGAAGCCAAAGCAGGCAUUCCCAUGGAGGAUGUGGAAGACGACAGUGCCAUCAAUUACGAUGCGCUGGUCGAGUUUUUGUCGAGUAAUUUGACACGGUUGCACAAGCUGGGACUCGGCGAUGAUCUUUCUGCAGGCGCACCACAUGUCCUGUCUGAGAGUUGGGCCCCUGCUCUGGCGGAACUGGAAGCCCGACUCGCCAAAUGCUACCAUCUGCAUUGCUUCUGGUCGAUGCUGCCCUUCCAGCUGCUUCAGCAACUCCCUGCAUAUCUCCCAGCGAGCAUGACUGAGCUUGUCGACCAAUCUGUGCCUCCAGCCUUGUUGCACGGAGAUGUGCACGUUGCCAACAUCUUGAUGGUCGAGCGACGCGGAGCUGGCGGCGGUGGUGGUCGGACAUUGUCGGCAAAGUCCAAGCACGCGUCCAACGAGCGCAAAGCUGCCGGGGCGACGCGCCCUCGCAACUCUGUGUCGCACUUUAUCUCGGCGGCAGAGAUGCGGCGACGCAGUCGCCUGCAGAAAGAGCGAGGCACUCAACCCAGUGGAGCAGGAGGGCUCAGCUUUGCUGCCCAGCGCCGUCGCAAUGUCGCAGUCACCACCACCGUGACUAUUGUUGGUAAAGGGGGCGCAGAUCUCAAGUAUUCUGACGCGAGCGAAGACGAUGAGGCAGACGACGUUGGUAUUGCACACGGUCUUGAUGAUGUUGACAACAACGGCGAAGAUGAUGACGACGAUGACGACGACAACUACGAAGACGUGGACGACGCCCCUGUAGAAGUGAAAAUCGGCGUUGGCAACGCGCAAGCUCUGGCAGAGGCCCUGGAAGCUGCGCGGGUCUCGUACGUGCCGGCGCACAUUAUCGAUCUGGGCGACAGCCGCGUCGGUGAUCCGAUGGCAGACCUCAUCCCCAUCUACUUGUCCGUGUUUCGGUGCGACAAGAAGCUCCUUCGGCGGUUUUUGGCAUUGUACAACCCAGCUUUGCUGGCGUUGCUCUCGUCGGAUGCUCCCGCUGGCACCGCCGCACGCAAGAAGGCCAUGUGCUAUCUGCUGCUGCAUCCAGUGAAUGCCAUGCAUGCCGUGUUCAUGUGCCUGCCCGCCAGUUUUGCCGUGGCGACGUGGGAAGCGAUGGCCGAGUUGUUGUGGCGGUUGUGA